CCCCCUUUCUCUCGUCCUCUCCCCGGACACUGACGCACACUGGCGCAAACGCGGCGGCGGCGGCGGCGGCGACAGCGGCCAGGGAAGACAAAUGGAGGACGACUAUGCAGCACCGCAUCUUCCAACGGACAUCAUGUACAAGAUACCAACACACAUCUCUGAUCCAGCCUCCCUUGCCCGCCUCGCUUCAUCCUGCAAGUUCUGGCGCGAUCUCAUCAAGGACCCGACCUUCCUUGAUCGCCUUAGGAGGCAGCACCGUGACCACGGCUUCACCCCAUCCCUCCUUCUCGGCUUCUUCCUCCAGGAAAAGAAAAGGUCUUCCCCAGACCUCUGGAAGUAUCACAUCGACAAAACCUGUUGUUUGGCACCAAGCUUCGUGCCGAUUUCUGAAUUGUCACGAUUUGUUGGCAGCAAAUCUGCUCGCAAUGCUAUCGAGCCACUAUCCCUUGAGACCUUCAUUCCAGGUCUUGGAGCAAGCCUCAACUUCUAUAAGCCCUUUGCAUCCCAGGACAAUUUCCUGGUUCUUUGCCGCCAAUUAAAAGUCGACAAUGGUCAGGACAUGAAGGAUGUGCUAUGUGUCCGCAAUCCUCUCACUGGUGAAACCUUUGAGAUUCCUCGCCACAGAUAUGUACCUCCUAACCAUUAUGUCUUGUUUGUCACCAAUGAUGCGACAGUUAUGGACGCGUGUCCCAGUCCUUCCAACUCACUGCCAUUUUUUGUAUAAAAAAGGCAAAGCGUUUCGUCUGUGUGUGCUACAGCUCGAAGACUGAAACAUGGACAAGGGCCGAAGGAGAACCUGAGCUAAUGCCUGGCCAUUACUUGGUGUCAUCCUCAGCCACUGCUUCUGGCAGUGUCAUCCAUUGGCUCUGUGGUACUUUGGAACAAAUGUCGCUCACCCAUGUUGCCACAUUGCAUAUUGAAAAUAUGGGGCUGUCAUACCUGGAGCUCCCACCCGAAGCAAAGCACAUCAAGAUACCAGUGCUGGCGAAUUCAGCAGAUGGGGGGAUUCUGCUGCUCUUCAUGCAAGGCCUUGAGAUGUCACUCUGGAAACACACCAGUGCGCUUGGCAGUGACAGCAGCAGCAGCUGGGUGCUUUCUGAAAGGAUUGACAUGAGUAGUUCCUUGCCUCAGCGGGUGGCUACGCUGGGUAGCCGGGCAAAGGUCAGGUUGGAGAUGUUUGGAGGCAAGAGCGGGGUGGUGGUGGUCAGGGUUGUUGGAGAAGGCCUCUUUCUGUUCAGCCUCAGUGAUGGGUCGAUGAGGGAGAUUGACAGUGCGCAUGUGACCAAGGAUUACUUCCUCUGCCCAUAUGAAAUUGACUGGCUGUCCUGCCUCGCAAUCACAAACCUCGUCGUGGAUGGCUCGUUGUCGCAGGACGUAGAAAGGAAAAAGGCUCAAGAUAGAUGGAGGACAUUAAUGAGAAUGAAUUUGGUGACGAACGGAGCAUCUUAAUGGCUACAAAUUAAAGAGCGUCAACCUGGGUUUUUGGUGGGUCGGCAACCAUGAAUUCUAAUAUCGUUGACCAUGCUUCCUAUCGUAUGAUUAUCCUAGAUGGCCAUGAGUGUGUGUUACUUCAGUCUAAUGGCAUGCAUUGUGAAACUUUUCGCUCUUGUGUCCUAAUGAAACCCAAGACUUCAUAAGCUGUUUAAUAUUAUUAUGAGGUAAGUAAGCCCUGUUUAACCUAUGUUCUUUGCAUCUGAGCUGGUUUACCAUUCUGCUGAAGGGAUGUGCAACUGACGCCUUGGUAGCAUUUGUUGUCUGAUCUUUUCCACACAUCUCUCGGACCAGCGGAGCUUUUGCUCAAGACACCAGUCCAUUGUAAUUAUUUUGCCUGUACAAUGCCAAAAAAACAUUGAGAAUCACAGCAUGCUAUCGUACAGUUGGGUUAGUCAAAGGUUCAGGCUUCUGUUGGGUUAGUGAAAGAAACAUGUACAGUUGGUCAGCUUGUUUCAA